AUGGAAGAAUAACCGUAAAUUGAAAAUACCAUAAUAGAAGAAAGGUAUAAGAAAGCUGAUGGAGAGACUGCAUAUCGUAGAUACUAGAAAGGUAAGGUUUUAGGAAAGGGUGGGUUUGCGAAAUGCUAUGAAGUUACUUCUAUUGAAAGCAAGAAAGUAUUAGCAGCAAAGAUUAUUGCUAAAAGUACUUUAAAAAAGGGGAGAACAAAAGCUAAGGUAUUAAUAUAGAUUAUAUGUAGUUAAUUACUGAAAUAAAGCUUCAUAAAUCACUUCAUCAUUAGAAUAUUGUUUAAUUUGAAGAUGUAUUUGAGGAUAAUGAAAAUGUCUACAUACUUUUGGAACUGUGUUAAAAUCAAGUGAUUAAAUUUAUUUUAAUGUUAUUAGACUUUAAAUGAAUUAUUGAAAAGAAGAAGAAGAAUCACUCAAAUAGAAGUGCAAUGUUAUUUGAAGUAAUUGAUAGGUGCAUUAAAAUAUAUACAUUCUCAUAGAAUUCUUCAUCGAGAUUUGAAGUUAGGCAAUCUAUUUAUAAAUGAGAAGAUGGAAUUAAAAUUAGGAGAUUUUGGUUUAGCUACAAAAUUAGAUUAUGAUGGAUAAAGAAGACAUACUAUUUGUGGUACUCCAAAUUAUAUUGCACCUGAAAUAUUAGAUGAAAGAAUGGGACAUUCAUAUUAAGUAGAUAUUUGGUCAGUUGGUGUUAUUAUCUAUACACUGUUAAUAGGGAAACCACCUUUUGAAACUUCAGAUGUAAAGACAACUUAUAAUAAAAUAUCACAAUGUUAAUUCAAUUUUCCAGAUCAUAUUCAAAUAUCUGAAAAUGCUAAAAAUUUAAUAUCUAGAAUUCUAGUUCUUGAUCCUUCUAAAAGAUUAACAUUAGAUGAUAUUUUAAGCCAUCCUUUUAUGACAUCAAAUCCAAUUCCUAAAACUACUCAUAUUUCUUAAUUAUUAAGUCCACCAACAGCAACAUGGUUAUCUUAAUAUUCUUAGGCUGCAAUGUUUAGUUCUUAAGCUAUUAUGUUUAAUUCUAAAUCAUUAUAACCUGAAUUAGUAUAGGUCAAAACUACAUCCUAAAUUCCAAAGAUGAAUGAUAUAUUUUCAACUUAACUCAAAAUGUCUUAAGCUUAACGUAUUAAGAGUAUUUAUUUAUUUAAAAAUAUAGCAUUAACUGAAGGAAUUAAUUAUUUAAAAGAAAAUCAAUAAACUUAGUAAAAAUAAAGUUUAAAUUUCGAGAAUAAUACAUAAUCAUAAUUUGUAAUUGUCCUAUUAUAACUUAGAGUAAGGAGAAUAGUGGCUUAUAUGUUAUAAAGUGUUGUGAUUAUCAAAGUAAAUAUGGUAUUGGUUAUGUUCUAUCUAAUAAUAAUUGUGGAGUUCUAUUUAAUGAUUAGACUAAAAUUAUCAAAUGCAACAAAUUAUAAUUCAAUUAUAUAGAUAAAUUUAAUCUAAUAUAGAAUUAUGAAUUUGAUAAUUAUCCAUCAGAUUUAAUUAAAAAAGUCACUUUACUAUAAAAAUUUACUUUGUAUUUAGGAAUUGAUGAAAAUACAACAAAUUCAGAAGUUUCAUAAGUUUUCGUUGAUAAAUUUCUUAAAACAAGAAAUGCUCUUCUUUUGAAACUUACUAAUGAUGUAAUUUAGGCUAAUUUUAUUGAUAAAACUGUUAUUGUUAUCUUAUAAAAUUAGAAUAUUAUUUUUGUUAAUGAAAAAGGUGAAAAAUUUAGUUAUACUUAAGAAUAAAUAAAGGAUAAAGAUAAAAUUCAAAGAAGGUAUUAUAAAUAAUUUAAUUUUAGGUAUAAUUAUGUAUAACAAUUAAGAAGUGGCUGUUAAUGA